UUUAUUUUUUAUUUUAUUUCUGUAACAUAAAUCGUAGAUCUAAAAACCCUAUAUAAAUCUCUCAUUCUCUCAUUCUCUUCUUCAUCAACCUUCCUCGAUUCCUCAGAUCUGUUACCUCUUCUAUUGAUAAAGAGAGAGUGCCUUUUUAUCUUCUCUUGGCUUUUUCUCAAACUUGGGGAAGUUGUUCGUAUUGGAUCGUUACAUUUCCAUUUCGAUCUUAUUCUUCGCUUGAAUAAAUGGGGACUCCUUAUCCUGGAGCGAUGCAGGUUGGUUCUUACUUUGUGGAACAGUACUAUCAAGUGUUGCAGCAGCAGCCACAUCUUAUCCACCAGUUCUACUCUGACUCAAGCAAAAUGAUCCGUGUCGAUGUUGACUCCACCCACACUGCCGAUACACUGCUGAAUAUUCACAACAUGGUCAUGUCACUGAACUUCACUGCCAUCGAAGUGAAGACAAUCAACUCAGUGGAGUCGUGGGAAGGUGGUAUCCUCGUGGCUGUUUCAGGGUCUGUUAAAGCAAAGGAGUUGGGAAACAGAAGGAGUUUCAUGCACACUUUCUUCCUUGCUCCUCAGGAGAAGGGUUACUUUGUUCUCAAUGAUAUCUUUCAGUUCAUCGAUCAAGGACUCCUCUUCUCUCAUCAUCACCUCAAUCCUCCUACCCCUCAUCCUGAGCCCCAAGUUCAUGAUGAUUAUGUUGUGGAGCAAGAGGCUAGUGAUUAUGUGAAUUCUGUCCAAAUCAAUGAUGAUCUUGUCGAUAAGUACAGUCUGCAAGAGGAUCAGUAUCAGCCUCACCAUGAAGAAGACUACGAGGAUGAAGUUGCGGUUCAGGAAUCGCCUAGGGAGGAAGUUGUGGUUGUUGAUGUUGUACAUGAACCUCGUCCUGCGCCACCAGAGGAACCCCUUGGUGAAAAAUCCAAGAUGAGUUAUGCUUCCAUUCUACGGGUCGCAAAGGAAGCAGCUGCUGUGCCUGUAGCUGCUACACAACCAUCAUAUAACGAGUGGGAUCAACCACUACGGACUCCUUCCCCUCAGUUGGCCGCGCCUCCUCAGCAGUCAAACGCUUUUGCUGACUAUGGAGCAGAGGCGGAUGGUGGCUUUGGAUUUGAAGACUUUGAGAUCAAAUCAGUGUACGUUAGGAAUCUGCCUUCCAACAUAUCUGCUUCAGAGAUCGAGGAAGAGUUUAAGAACUUCGGUACAAUCAAGCCUGAUGGUGUUUUCCUCAGAACCCGCAAGGAUGUUAUUGGCGUUUGCUAUGCUUUUGUUGAGUAUGAGGACAUGACUUCCGUUGAGAAUGCUAUUAAGGCUUCUCCUAUAUAUUUGGGUGGAAGACAAGUAUACAUUGAGGGACGAAGACCCAAUCCCGCUGGUGUUCGCGGAGCAAGAGGAAGAGGGCGCGGGAGAGGCGGUUACCCAACAGAAGCACCAAGAGGCCGAUUUGGUUCCCGUGGUGUGUUCGGGAGAGGAAACCAGGAAGGAGGUGAUUACAGGCCAAGAGGCAACGGUAACUACCGUGGUGGUGGCCGCUAAGGAAAAAGAAAAAGAAGAUGAAGAAACGCAGAUGAAUCUCUUCUUUAAGUUUUAGAGCAUCCAAGAAUGAAUGAUUCAGAGGUUCUUGUUGUUCCUUCAUCUUCCACCGAAGUAGUUUGUAACAUUUUGUUGGGUUUGGUUUGGUGGUUCAAUUAAGAAAAAAAAAAGAUUUUAGUUCAUAUGUUUUCUUUUUAAUUUGUUUUAGAUUUAGGGCUUGGACUCUCUUACUCCCUUUCCUUUGAGAAUGGCUUUAGUUAUGUGUAACAUUUCAAUUCUUUUUUGUUUUUCCUUCUAUCAUUGGCUUGGUUUUGCAACUUGUGUUACUGUUUAUCCUUCGUCCACUAGUUAUGGCGAUGACAUGUUAUACACUUUUUACGUUUGUGAUC